AUGGAGGAUUUGAAAACUUCAGAGCGAUUUUUACACAAGUCUUCAUUCAGCAUCAGCAGCCUGCUGUGGAGACGAGAGGGGGUGUCGAGUGACCAGGAGUCUCCUUCUCCGUCCCAGAAACUGCGCUCCGCACAUCCAGAGAAAUCCAGUGAAGAGGAAAAGUUUGACAACGAAAAGAACUUCGAGAAACCAAAACAGUGCGCUAAGGUAGAGGCUAAACCGGUGACUGCGAGUGGAAAACGAGAAGGAAAUAAAGGAGAAUCCAAGGAAAGUGGGGGAGCAGAAGGAAGUGUUAAACCCGAAAAGCCUCCUUUCAGUUACAACGCGCUCAUCAUGAUGGCGAUCCGCCAGAGCCCAGAGCGACGGCUCACACUCAACGGCAUCUAUGAGUUCAUCAUGGACAACUUCCCAUACUACCGACAGAACAGACAAGGAUGGCAAAAUUCAAUCAGGCACAACCUGAGUCUUAAUAAGUGUUUCGUUAAAGUGCCGCGCCACUAUGAUGACCCGGGCAAAGGCAACUACUGGAUGCUGGACCCCUGCAGUGAGGAUGUCUUCAUAGGUGGCACAUCAGGGAAACUCCGGCGCAGGGCCACGUCUGGCUCCAGGGCCAAACUCGCUCUGAAAAGAGGAGGGAGUCGUCUGAUGUCCUCAGGCACUGCAACCAGUGUGACCUUGGCCGCAGCGGGUUCGUUUUACUGGCCGGUGCCGCCGUUUCUGCCCCUGCAAACACCAGUGCGCACCCACCUUGGCGCAGGGACUUAUCUGAGCGCUCAUCCCCGCUUCUCCAACCACGCCACAUCGGUUGUUUCGCAGCGGUCCCGGCUGAGUGCUGCAAGUGCUGCAGACGCCGACCGGUUCGUGCAGACGCACCAGGAGAUGUCUUACAUCGGAGUCAGCUGCGCGCAAUCCCGCCGCCAUCAGAUUGGCACUGCCUGCACCGCUUUCUCCACAUCCAUCCCUGCGUGCACACUGCCGCUGUCGGAUCCGUGCUCUUUUAACAUGAUCUCCGGACAGGCCAGCUACUUUUACUCGCAUCAAAUACCAUGUGCCGCAACUUUUAGUCCAGGGCAGGAGGAGCGCGCAACGACCAACUCGUCUCCGGGACAAUUUUUUUCCAAGAGCGGCCACUCAGACCUCGGGGGAUGCUGUAAUGACUUUGCAAAUUAUUGCCCUCAAAUCAAUUCAAGCCCUCCUCCCUCUUGGAAUAUAGAAAAAUAGAGUAA